AAAGGGUUUGUGCUCCACUGUUCCAACUUGUCAGUCAACUCAUGCCAGCACUCUUCACGUCUGCCUCUUCUACACACCCUCAUUACAUGCGUCUGUCUGGACUGAUCUGCUCGUCUGUUCAGGGACUCUCCCGACAAGUCAAAAAUUCUGCCUUCCCUCUGCUCUGGAAUUGGAUUAAAUCACCUCAGCUGUUUUUUGCAGCCCCAUCAAGAGGCUUUUGCUUAUGGUCUCUUUCUGUUUUUCUCCACUACUUGUCUGUUUUUGAUUUCUAGAAUGGACGAAACUGAAUUGCUGAAGGAAAGACUCCAGGCCAUAACAGACAAAAGAAAACUGCAAGAAGAAAUUGCACAGAAACGUCGAAAAAUAGAAGAGGAAAAACUGAAACACCAGCAUUUAAAGAAAAAGGCAUUACGAGAAAAAUGGCUCUUGGAUGGCUUCAGUUCUCUCACACCAAAAGAGCAGGAAGAAAUGCAAAAGCAAAAUCAAGAGGACCAACAGCAAACUCGUGAGCUGGAAGAUGACAUUUCCAGACUGGAGAAGGAAAUAGAGGCCCUUGAAAAAGAGGAAAUUAAAGUCUCAGCUAAGGAAGAAGCUAUUUUAAUGAAACUUAAAUCAGUUGAGAAAACAACAGAAGACAUAAUCAAGUCUGUGAAGAUCGAAAGAGCAGGAAUUGAAGGAGAGGCAGCAGACUACAUAUAUGCCAACAUACCCGACCUUCCCAAGCAUUUCAGACCUUCUGCACUGAGAAGAGCAGGUCAUGCUACCACCGAUGACGAAGAAAAGAGAAAAGCACUGUUUGCAAUGGAAAUGAAAGUUGAAAAAGACAUGAAGACAGGUGAAAGCACAGUGUUGUCAACAAUACCUCUUCCCUCAAACGAGUUUAAAGAGACAGGAAUUAAAGUCUACGAUGAUGGUAGGAAGUCAGUAUAUGCAGUGUCCUCAAAUGGCAGCACAACGCAAAAUAGGAUGGAUGAACUUGCUCCUGUUGAGGUGGAAGACCUUCUAAGGCAGGCAAAUGAAAAAAAUUCCCAGUCUCCCACAGAGUAUCAUGAGCCUGUGUUUGCAAACAAGUUUUGCAGGCCAGUUACUCCUCAGAAAGACAAAUUAAUCUCUGGACUGAAACUGGAAGACACACACAAAGGAGAGAUAAAUGGAUUCAGCAGUCAGACAGAAUUUUCCCCUGUGGCAGAACCCUUUAUACAGCAACACAAAGAGAAUGGGCUUAAUCUUCAAAAGGUAACACCAAAGUCUCCCUCUCCAAUACUUUCGGAUCCAGAGAAGAAAGUACAUGUUAAUCCUGAGAACAAGAUGCUAGGUAAUGAGAAAAGUGCUGCACACGAGGAAUUAAAAACUUUUCAGAAUACAACAGAAAUACAGGAUGAAACAAGGCAUUUAAGUUCCUGUCAUCCUAAUGAAGCACCCCCUACACCUCAAGAUGAGGAAGAUGUUCAUUACCGCAUGGUCCAAGCUGUGCCAUGUUACGUGGAUGAUUCAGAACCAGUUACAAUGAUUUUCAUGGGUUAUCAGCGCAUUGAUGAUGAUGACACAGAAGCAGACCAGAAGUUGACAAGAUAUGAUGGGCUUAUCCGUGCAGAAUUAGUUAUCAUUGAUGAUGACGAUGAUGACAGCAAAUCUGAGAAACCAUCAUAUCAUCCUGUUGGCCACUACAGUCAGGUUUACCAGCCACCAAGCAGGAAAACUACAGAAGUCACACAGACAAACCCCGUGAGCAGCCUAGGCACAAACAUGAACAAUGCACCCCACAAAAAUUCCAUCUCCCUGCGAGAACAAGAGGAACGCUUAAGCUCACCUACAGACCAUGUUCAUCUUCAGAGCCAGGUGCCUGGAGAUGGUACUGAAGAUCCUUCACUAACAGCUCUGAGGAUGAGAAUGGCAAAGCUGGGGAAAAAGGUGAUUUAACAGCUGUAUGACAUGGAAGUAGAAAUUACUACUCAAAGCAGUAUAAAGCUAAGGAGUUUCUUCAGUAUACAUUUUGGAUCUUAAUGCCUAGUGUUUUGCUCCUCUGUUUUAUGCAUCUGGGUUAUUUUGCACUUUGCAUAACCUGAUGGACUCCAAUAGACCUUUAGUUUUGACCGACUGUGCCACAUAGACAUAAAUUAAAUCCUGAAUUUUGUGAAGUAAUAGAAAGUUGCCCAAGACCAUAAAUGCAGUGUAUAUCCAAGAGGGAAGACACAUAAUCUGUCCCCACAAUCAGAAAUAUAUUGUUGCUACAUACACAGCAGAUAAAACCCACCUCCAGGGAAUUUCACAGGAUGCUGUUCCCUUUAAAGCAUACUGGUCUGAUGUUUGACUGAAAAUGAUGUUCAAACCUUUUUUUUUUUU